UUUGUCCAACCAGACGGAUGUGUUGACAGAAUUAACGGUACUUUGUGAGUGAGCAAAAGUGUUUUUACUAAAAGAAAAUGUCUUCUUGCUAAUGGAAUGCAUUAAAAUGUUUAAUAAAUAAGAAAUUCUUAAAUAAAUUAUAAAUAUACGAGUGAAUAAUAUAAAUUAAAUAGAAAAUAUUAAACAUAAUACAUAAAUUAUAAAUAAAAGCAAAAGUUAAAAUAGUGGGAAUAAUAAAAAUAUACAAGUGCACAGUAAUAUUGUUAUGACUGGCUGCGGAAAAAAAACAAAACCAGUUUAAAAGUUGUGUGUUAAAAAAUUUAUAAUUGUUUACAAAUAUUAUCAUAACAACAAUAAGAAAAUCUACAAAAAAAUAACAAAGAAAAAAAAAACAAAACAAACAAGUUGCUGCAUAAAUAAGCAUGAAUACUAAGAAAGCUAAUAAUAAAUGUGUAAAUAAAUUACAAAAUACUUAAUAAAAGAUUUAAAUAAAAUAAUAAUUAACACUAAACUUAAACUUCAAGUUAAAAACAAUAGACAAACAAUACCUACAUAUUUCUCUAGCAGGGGUGUAAGCAAGAAUAUUUUCAUAAAUUAAUUAAACACACACAUGGGAAAACUGUUAAUUUUUAAACAACAAAUUAAAAACUUCAGCCAAGUGGAACAACGUUUAAUGGCAUAUGGACCCACAUGACUUGGUUAUUUAAUAAUAAAUUGAUUUAAUCAAAUUUGAAAAAAAGUAUAGAAAAACUACUGCUUAAAAAUUAAACAAUUCAACAUUAUUGUCAGCAUCUCAACAACAAUUGCCUGCAGUGGCAGCAACGAAUAAAGAUAGAUUCAAUAAUUUAUUUUGAUAAUGUGAAUGAACUUUUUAUAUGUUUGCACACACCCAAACAUUUUCAACAUUAUCAUAGACAGCAGCAGUAUCAUCAUUAUAGUCCAAGCAUGGUCGUACUAUUAAGGCAUCAAUUGCUAUAAGAAAAACUCUUCCUAUAACCCAAAAAACAACAACAAAAAGCUGCAGAAUAUAAACCCUUAUAUACUCGUUCAGAACAAAACUUAUAAAAAAUAAACAUUGCUAGAGAAUUGUUGGGUUCUUUUUUAUAUUUUAAUUACUAUUGUAGCACAAUUCAUAUUUUUUUAUUCUUUUGUGGCUCAUCCUCCUCUUAUCAUCUCAAACCGUUAAACAAAAAGCCCCUCAGCUUGUGCAAUAGUUUGGUCAUCUACUGAUUACAAAUGAAUUUAUGGCAUAUUGAAAAAUUAAAAUCGUUAUAAUUAAGAAAAAAACAACAACAACUUUUAACAACAGUGCUUUUUAUUCAAAAACAACUAAAUUGAAGUUAUUGCUUCGCUGUCUUUAUUAAACUGACGACUAACUAACUUCAUUGCAAUAAUAGAGUUGUAAACAUCAAUUUAUUUACUGCUACACUCACUAAACGUGAAGUGAGUGAAGAGUGCAGUGCAUCGGUGUGUGGAGGAGCAGCUGCAGCAGCAGCAACUACGAAAUGCCAUCUUUAAGACAAAAGGUCACCACCUAUUUUCGUCAAUUGAGUUUUAUAGCUGAACCUCGUGAUGGCCCCAAGAGUCCGCGUAAAACAGAUGAAGAUGGAAACUUUAUAAUCAAAUAUUUAGAGGGCCGCAUGGAUCGCAUUUUCACCAACGGCCCCGAAGUCUAUAAUGGUCAAAAUCCUACCGAUUUACCAGACUACCAAAUUGCCACCUAUCCCACAGGGCCGAAUACGAUAACGGCCGCCUGUACGGGACCCGAUGAUGGUUUGACUGGUAUUAAAAGAUCUAAAUUGCAUUUGAGUGCUAGUUAUGCCGAUGACAUAGACUUCAUCGACACUAUACAGGAGUCCGAUUGUUUUGAGGUGCGCAAAAGUAUUAAUCCCACCAACAAUCGAAAUCACAAUAGAUUUCAACGUUACGGUAGCGGACGACGUCUGAGUAAUGGAGCCAGCACCAGCACAAAUGAUCAGAAUGCGAAUAAAACUAAUGGUACGACGACGGGUGGUAUGCGUUCACGUAAGAACUCAAAGACGGGAAUAGCUAAUUUGACACAGAAUCAAAAUCAAACCAAAGAGGUAACCUUAGGAGGAGCAGGUGGGGUAGGCGGUAAGACACAACAAAAGAAUGAGGAAAACUUAAGUAAAUCCACUACAAUAGUGGUUAGUAUGGUGGCUACUAGCAAAUCCACUGCAGUUAACACAAACACUGCCGCCGAUAUGAAAACAAAUGCUGCCAAUGAUCAAAAUAAUAAAAAUCUUUUAAAUACCAAGACUGAAAGUAAUAACACGACAAAUUCAAAGUUGAAGGAAAGUGGGGACCCUAAAACGGAGUUGGGUACCGUUAAAAUUCUAGAGGGUACUACAGAACGUUUACUGCGCGAGGCAGUUUCAAAUCAGUCCACAGUACAGGAAGUGGAGGAUUCUAUAGCGGGUGUUAGUAAUUGGAAAAUGGAGUGUGAUUCAGCUUAUGGCAUUUCCGUUUCGCUGUAUGAAAACAAUAUGUUAACCAAAGAACCCAUGGGCAAUCCCAUAGCCGAUUGUUAUGGUAUGGUGGUGAGAGGCAAUGCAGCUGCUAUGGCUUUAGCGGAUGGUGUUAAUUGGGGUGAUGGUGCUCGUUUGGCAGCCCGUUCAGCGGUGCAUGGCUGUUUAGAUUAUUUGGAUCGUGCCAUAUUUGGUUUGGCACAUGAGUGCAUGGCCACCUCUACACAGGAGGUCUUCAUUAGUCUUUUACGUAGUCUUUGGGAAGGUCAUGGUUGUAUAUUGGAAGUUGGUGGUGCUUUAAGUACAUUAACAAUAGCCGUAGUUUUACCUUUAGCCAAAGAGAGGGGAACGGAAGAAAAUGGCGUGGAAAUGGAGGGAGAACAGAGUGAAAAAUAUGUAGUAUGUGCCUGUAAUGUGGGUGAUUCGUUGGGCUAUGUGUACUCCAAGAAACAUGGCGUCAGAGAGUUUACUUUGGCUUCUCACGAUAUUACCUCUAUGCGGGAUAUGCGUGAUGCUUUGGGGGCAUUGGGCCCAGCCGAUGGCAAUAAACCUGAAUUGAGCAAUCUUACCUUGUCCAUGACAAUUAUAGAUCGUGGUGAUAUAGUGUUUUUAACUUCUGACGGUGUUAGUGAUAAUUUUGAUCCAGUGGUGGGUAAAUUUGCCGAAGCCUGGACUCCUGAUGUUAAAUUGAUGCCAACUACUACCUCGCCACCACAACGCAGUGGCAGUGUUUUGGCACCAAAACGUCAAAAUAAAAGCGCCUCUGCUAUAUAUGCACGUUUACAUGGUUCUUCAAAUCCUGCAAGUCCCGUGCCUCCUGUAAGACCUCCUAGAUCGAAAAAAUCUUCUUCACCCGAAAAUCCAGCUGCACCAAGUCGUCCCAAAUACAUGAGAUCCCAGACCGUCAUAGAACCAAGAAGACUUUCUUCGGGUGCUGCCAAUGUGGGCCACAUCACCUACAAUUACAAACCCAAAAUACCCAAAUCUUUAACUGGUUUACCACUGGUAACCGGACCCCAAAGACAUGCUCUUACCCUACAUCGUUUAGAAGAUCUCUUAAGUUAUGGCAUUAAUGGCACUUUCUCUCCCUGUUCCUCGGCCCGACGCCUGUGUCACUUGCUCAUUGACUUCGUGCGCAUGAUUACCUCUGCGAGACGUAAGACAUUGGAACAAAGAGAACUAUUUUACAAAUUAUCUACUGGACCUGAUGGCAUUAAGCGCGAGGUGGAAUUGAAUCGUAUGCAGCAUAGAGCAGCACGUAAACGUGUUAUAGAUAGUGCUGCUUUUGUGGCUUUACCGGGUAAAUUGGAUCAUGCUACUGUGGUGGCCUAUACAGUGGGUAGUGGUGGACGCACGUUAAACAAAAGUAAUCAACACACUCCACAGAUAUCCUUAACAACCGAAAGGCAACUUUCUAAUGAUGAUGCUGCUUUGCAAUCCAAAGAAUUUCAAGAAACAAAUUUUUGAAUUUAAAACAAAACCCUCCAAAUGAAGAAGAAAAAAACAGAACUAUACA